AUGCCACCGAAAGGCGAUAAGGGAAAGAAGGACGCGAAAGCUCCGGCCAAGAAGAAGGAGGGCUCCGGAGGGGGCAAAGCCAAGAAGAAGAAGUGGUCCAAAGGCAAAGUGAGGGACAAGUUGAACAACUUGGUCCUCUUCGACAAAGGCACUUAUGAUAAGUUUGUGAAAGAAGUUCCCUCUUAUAAGUUGAUCACACCAUCGGUGGUGAGCGAGCGGCUGAAGAUCAGGGGUUCGUUGGCCCGCAAAGCGCUGCUCGAGUUGCACGAGAAGGGACUGAUCCGACAGGUGAUCAAACAUCACUCGCAGACGAUAUACACGCGAACCACGAAAGCGGACGACGCGGCCGAAGAGGAGGCGGCGGCGGAAGCGGCCGCUGAGGCCGGAAAGGGAGGCAAAAAAGGCAAAAAGGAAAAGUCUUAA